AUCGUCUUCAAAUUAAACUUGCUUCUCGGUAAUUCCCUGUUUAAUCAAUAGUUUUCAACCAAGUAAAUAAUUUAAUGGCAUAUUUUGCUAUAUUUCUUGCCAUUUUGUUGGUUUAUCCAACCAAAAUUGCAUCUUUGGAAGUGGGAUUUUAUCAAAAGACAUGUCCAUCGGCUGAAGCGAUUGUUAAGAGUGUUGUGGAGAAGGCUUUUGCUAAUGAUUCAGGCACAGCUCCAGCCUUCAUUAGGCUUCAUUUUCACGACUGUUUCGUCAGGGGUUGCGAUGCCUCAAUUCUUCUUAACUCAACACCUGGAAAUCUUGCCGAAAAAGAUAGCUCCGCAAAUUCUGGCGUACAAGGUUUGGAAUUGAUCGAUGAAGCCAAAGCCAAGAUAGAAUCCCAAUGUCCAAACACAGUUUCUUGUGCAGACAUCCUUGCCUUUGCAGCUCGAGACAGUGUUAGCGUCUCUGGCGGACUGUACUAUACAGUCCCGGCCGGACGUCGAGAUGGUAACGUUUCUCGAGCUGCUGAGGCCGCUGCAAAUCUACCUUCACCUAAUUUCACUGUCGCGCAACUCAAGAAAAAUUUUGCCAAUAAAGGGUUGUCACUUGAUGAAAUGGUCACACUUUCAGGUGCACAUUCAAUUGGUGGAUCACAUUGUUCAAAUUUCAUGUCAAGACUAUAUUCCUUCAACAAAACAUACUCGCAAGACCCAUCAAUUGAUCCUAAUUAUGCGAAAUUGUUGAAAAAAAUGUGUCCCAAAAAGAUGAGUGGGGCUAGUAUUGAUCAAGUUGUUGUGUCAUUUGAUCCUGUUACUCCUGAUCGGUUGGAUAAUGUAUACUACAAGAAUUUGGAGAUGAACAAAGGGCUACUGUUUUCAGAUCAAAUCUUGUGGGCUACUUCUUCAACUAGAAAGAUGGUGAAGAACAAUGCAAAUCAUGGAAAUUUGUGGGCUAAGAAAUUUGCAAAAGCUAUGGUGCAUAUGGGUUCAAUUGAAGUUCUUUCUGGAACUCAAGGAGAGAUCAGGAAGGAUUGUAGGUUUGUCAAUUAGACACAUUCAUUUGCAAUUGAGUGUGUGAAAACAGCUACUUGUGAUUUUGUGCGUGUGUGUGUGUGUUUUCCUCAAAUUCCUUACUCUCCAUAAUUUCUUCAUGUUGUGUGGAUUCAAAAAUAAAGAGUUAUUGGUCAGUGAUGUUCAUCACAAUUGUAUUGUUUGGCAUGAAUUAAAUUACUCAUUGAAGUGUGCGACA